UCCAGUUGGUGGCGGUAAUGUGCCCUAUAGUUGGUGUGCCAACUGUCAGAAAACAUCAUAUGAAAAGAAGACGACGCUCUUGGUUCCAUAAUCGUUCGAAUAGUCGUUGUCUGGUCGUGAGUCUGAUUGUCCCGCUGCUGUCACACUGAAAGUCAGCCAAUGAAAACAGUAGCAGUCCUUGGAGGAGGUAUCGGGGGUUUGGCUGCAUCUUUUUACCUCUGCAAGAACCCCCAGGUUACCAAGGUAAUUGUUUUGGAGUCCAGCAGUCGUUUUGGUGGUUGGCUGUGGUCACUGAGGCGAUCCGAUGGGGCAAUCUUUGAACUGGGACCAAGGGGGAUUCGACCUGCUGGGGCAGUAGGACGCAACACUCUCGAUAUGGUGGAAGACUUGGGUCUGGAGGGAGAUAUUCUUCCAGUUACCUACAGUCAUGUUGCCUCCCAGAACCGGUAUCUAUAUGUCAGGGGACAGCUUCACAAGUUGCCUUCUGGAAUAAGGGGAAUGUUCCAGACAGUCCCUCCCUUCUCCCGCCCUCUUGUGUUUAGUCUUAUCACUGAGAUCCUGGUAAAAAAAGGAAAAGAAGCAGAUGAGUCCAUCCAUUCAUUUGUCUCUAGGAGGCUUGGAAAGGAGUUGGCAGACGUAGCCAUUGACAGUUUGUGUCGUGGUGUGUUUGCGGGGGACUCUAAGAAGCUGAGUGUGCGCUCCUGCUUCCCUUCACUCUUCAAGGCUGAGCGGCAGAGUGGUUCCCUGACUCUGGGCUUUCUGCUGGACUCAGGUCCAGCUCCUGUGAUCCCUCCUGGGCGUUUGGCUCAGAGAGCUCACAGAGAGUCCUGGGCUCAGUGGUCUCUAAGGAGAGGAGUGGAAACCUUGCCGGAAUCGAUCACUGAGUACUUACAACAGAGGGGCAGAGUGGAGCUUCACAAGGAUGCAGCUGUUAAACAAAUUAUUCCCACAACAUCUGGAUGGAAGGUCCAUAUGGAAGAUGGUGUAAUAUCUGUUGAUCACAUCAUUUCUGCUCUACCAGCCAAAGCCCUUUCCUACAUCAUGCCGCCAUCCUGCCAAAGUCUUAUCCAGCAGCUGCAGGACAUCUCAGCAGUAACAGUAGCUGUGGUCAGUCUGGAGUAUGAUGGUUCCAUCCUCCCUGUAACAGGUUUUGGCCAUCUUGUUCCUUCAUGGGAGGACCCAGGUUUACUUGGGGUAGUCUAUGAUUCUGUUCCCUUCCCUCAGCACAACAGACCGCAUGGACAGACAACAAGACUGACGGUCAUGAUGGGGGGUGCCUGGUUCCAGAAUGAAUUUGGGACCCCAAAGGCAGUAACAACAGAGGGCCUUUUAGCAAGAGCCACUGAGGCGGUGCGCUGCCACUUGGGAGUUAGUGUGUCACCGAGCUGGAGUAAUGUGGCUCUUCACAGGGAUUGUAUACCUCAAUAUUACCUUGGGCACUUUCAGAGAGUAGAUUGCAUGCGAGGCUUUAUAAAGAACAAUAAUCUAGCGCUAUCCCUGAUUGGCUCUGCAUAUGAUGGUGUGUCUGUGAAUGAUGUCAUCUUCAGUGGACGAACAGCUGUAGCAGAGCUGUUGGGAGGUGGAGUUUGAUGCAACGAGAGCAACGGAUCAUAUUCUCAUCGGGAAAUGCACGUGAUUUUUUUUUUCUGAGAAAUAUAACUGACAACAUCAAUAUUUUGGCCCCUUUUUACUGGAACUUAUAUCAUUUCUAAAAUAUGUCUAUAAUAAAAUAAUGGGCAUUGCAUCAAAA